AUGGAGCGGCGGCGGUGGCUGCAGGCCGCGGUUCUAAUGUGCUUGCUGCUGCUUUGCUCCGGGAGAGAACUUAAGAACAAAAGACAAGCGCCAGCAUAUAAUUCCACUCUCGCCAAGACGCUUGCAGAGUAUACUUCAGCAGUUUAUACUAAUGACCUGUCACAGUUAUUCACCUGGACCUGUGAAAAAUGUGGUGACUUAACGGAGGGGUUCGAGGUGAUCGAGCUGAUUAUUGAUGUGAAAAAUUGCUUGGAGGCAUAUGUCGGUUUUGCAAGUGACAUGAAUGCUGUUGUAGUUGCAUUCAGAGGGACUCAGGAGAACAGCAUCCAGAAUUGGAUUGAGGACUUAUUUUGGAAACAACUUGAUUUUGACUAUCCAGGCAUGACUGAAGCAAAGGUGCACAGUGGGUUUUAUUCUGCAUAUCAUAAUACAACAUUGCGUGAUGGAGUCAUCAAUGGCAUCCAGAAGACCAGGGAAGCAUAUGGCAAUAUUCCCAUCAUGGUGACAGGACAUUCCAUGGGAGGGGCCAUGGCUUCGUUUUGUGCCCUUGAUCUAAUUGUUAACUAUGGGUUAAAGGACGUGACCCUGCUGACAUUUGGGCAACCUCGGAUUGGUAAUGCUGUGUUUGCUUCCCACUUUAAGAAAUACUUGCCAAACGCAAUUCGAGUUACCAACGCACAUGAUAUUGUGCCUCAUCUACCCCCGUACUACCAGUACUUCCCACAGAAAACCUACCAUCAUUUCCCACGAGAGGUAUGGGUUCAUAAUAUUGGACUCGAUAGCCUAGUAUACCCGAUCGAGCAAAUCUGUGACGAUUCUGGUGAAGACCCCACUUGCAGCAGGUCCGUGAGUGGAAAUAGCGUGCAAGACCAUAUCCACUAUCUUGGCAUUAGCAUGCAUUCUGAUUCGCGCGGAUCAUGCAGGAUCGUCACGGAUGACAAUAUGCUCAGGCACAAAGUUGACACUGUAGACGGUGCUAUUGUCUUCUCGAAGCAGCCUGGUUUAUCAGUUGAUCAGCUACUCAGUACACAGUAA